GCUUCAAAAUCAUCAGACGCUUUGAACAGGUGUUUUGAGAGCUGAAGACGUUUAUGUAUUGUUUUAGGUUUUUCUCCCAUAUCUAAUUUUAGAAUUACACACCAUGCCUCUAUCAAUAAACAUUGAAUUUGGUGGUGGGGCAGAGCUUUUGUUUGAUAAGGUCAAGAGACAUGAAGUUGAACUGCCUGACCAAGAGUCACCAUGGACCAUCAGAAAUUUGCUGCCAUGGAUGAAGGAUAAUAUGUUGAAGGAAAGGCCUGAACUAUUUAUACAAGCAGAUACAGUGAGACCAGGGAUACUGGUUCUUGUAAAUGAUGCAGAUUGGGAACUUAUGGGUGAACUGGACUAUGAAAUACAGCCCAAGGACAGAAUUGUGUUCAUAUCAACGUUACACGGCGGAUGAUUAAGUGCACUUGUACUGAGGAUAUAUUCUACAUACAUGUUCUUAAAGUGACACUCUAAUUCAAAAUCAAUACAUACACAUGUAUAACAAACAUAAAGUUUGAGUGAUAGUUCUUUAACUACUAAUUAUUGCAUUGAAAUUUAUGGAAAAUAUUAAUUACUGAUAACGAGAUUGUAACAGUGUAUUUAAUAGCUGAUAAGGCACAUAUAUUAUCUGAUUGGUGAGUGCUAAAAGAUAUACUGUGUUCUACAAUUAUCUCAUAAGGUAGAAACACUGUUUUUUUUUGCACCUUUUUUGCAAAAAUUUUAAACUCGGUAUCCGUUAUAAGAACAUUUUCUUCGACCUUUAUUCAUCCUUUUGGUGUGUAAAACAAUUGUAUUAAUUGGGGGAAUUUUUUGGGGGGAGUAAGACUGCAUCUUGAAACAUCAUUUGACCUGGAUGAAGUGAUAUGUGUAUAUAGAAGUGUAACUUAAGACUAAAGUUUAUGUGGUAAUUACACAUACUGCUUUUUAAGCAAAUAUCUGAUGGAGGUAUUGUCUGAUUGGUAAUUUUUCUUUGCUGAAUUGAUUAAGAAUAAUUACAGAAUAAAUAAUUUAUAUCUUA